AUCCAUGUACCAACGUGAUACAUCUUGCCAGUCGGAUUCGGAUCAGCAAUCCUGCUCUGACUCUAGACCUCAGCUCUCUGAUCGGGUUAGGAGGAGUUGGAGUGCUGGGCUAUAUAUAAUCCUCCACCAGCGCCGAUCCCUUAACCUCUCGCCAAGUCUCCAUCUUUUCCAUCUCGCCGCCGCCGCCGACAACAAGAGCAGCGACCACCAUGCCCGUGGCUGCGGCGAGGUUCCCGCCGGUGUCGGCCUACGACACGUCGGGGCGGGCGCGGCGCACCGUCGCGGCGGACCUGGACGGCACGCUGCUGGCGUCAUCCUCGGCAUUCCCCUACUACUUCCUCGUGGCGUUCGAGGCGGGCUCCUACUUCCGCGCGCUGGCGCUCCUGCUCACGGCGCCGCUCCUGCUGCUGCUCUACACGGCCUUCUCCGAGUCCGCCGCCAUCGCGCUCCUCGUCUUCAUCACCUUCGCGGGGCUCCGGGUGCGCGACGUCGAGGCCGUCGCGCGGGGCGUGCUCCCCAGGCACUACGCCGCGGCCGUGCGCGCCGACACGUGGGCCGUGCUCCGCGGAUGCGCCGAGCGCCGGGUUGUGAUCACCGCGUCCCCUGCCGUGAUGGUGGGGGAGUUCGUCAGGGAGUUCCUCGGCGCCGAGGUGGCCGGGACCGAGCUCGAGACCUGCGACGGGGGCAGGCGGUUCACGGGCCGAAUCAAGGCCGUGCUCGUCGGGGAGAGGAAGAAGGAGGUGGUUGAGAGGCUCUUCGCCGAUGGGGACAUGCCAGACGUCGGGCUCGGCGACCGCGAGAGCGACCACGACUUCAUGGCCAUCUGCAAGGAAGCUUACAUGGUUCCGCCUGACAAGCGCGCGCCGCGGGCGGCAGCCGACUCGUUGUUGUCCCGUGCCGUCUUCCACGACGGCCGCCUCGUCCGGCGCCCGGACCCGGCGCACGCGCUCUUCGUGCUCGCCUACCUCCCCGUCGGCGUCCUCCUCGCGCUCCUCCGCAUCUUCUUCUACAAGCUCCUCCCGGUGCGCCUCGUCCGCCACGCCUUCCACCUCACCGGCAUCCGCCUCUCCAUCCGCGGGACGCCUCCCCCGGCGCCGCGCCCGGGCGCCCCGGGCUCGUUCUUCAUCUGCAACCACCGCACCUUGCUGGACCCGGUCAUCAUCUCCGUCGCGCUAGGCCGACCGGUCACCUGCGUCACCUACAGCGUGAACCGGCUGUCGACGGCGAUUUCCCCCAUCCGCUCGGUGGAGCUGGCGCGGGACAGGAAGGCCGACGCGGCGCGCAUGGCGGCGCUGCUGGAGGAGGGCGACGUGGUGGUGUGCCCGGAGGGGACGACGUGCCGGGAGCCGUUCCUGCUACGGUUCUCGGCACUGUUCGCGGAGCUGACGGACCGUAUCGUGCCGGUGGCGCUGGAGGCGCUGCAGAGCACGUACUACGGGUCGACGGCGAGGGGGUGGAAGUGGCUGGACCCUUACUUCUUCUACAUGAACACACGGCCAGGGUACAAGGUGACGUUCCUGCCGGCGCUGCGGCCGGAGGAGACGUGCGGGAGGAGUGCCGUGGACGUGGCCAAUCACGUGCAGAGGGUGAUCGCCAAGGAGCUCGGGUUCCAGUGCACCGCCCUCACCAGGAAGGACAAGUAUAUGAAGCUCGCCAGCAACGGCGGCACGGUCAACAAGGCCAAGGACGAUAGUGCCUCCAGGAAGUUUGUAUGAAGGGCAAAUUCUUGCAACAGUGUAACUACGUACUCCAUAAGCAGCACGCACAUAAAGUACUGUAUGUCAGUAUGUGUGUUUACUAACACGGAGCAUUUAGGCCCCUUUUGGCAGCUCCCAA